AUGGACCCACAUGGAGUAGGACCCUCUAUACGGACUUUGUUGACGAGGCAAGAUGAGCAUCGUUCAAGUUUGCUUUGGGAUUCUCAUUUGGAAGGCGAGGAUGUGCCAGGUGUAUUGACUUGUCGUCACCGAGAGAAAGGUUUGCUUGAAGGUGGGUUAGAUGGGUUAGAUCCACGAAUUGUCGCUUAUAUCACUGAUGCGGGGUUAGAUGAGCUACUUCGGGUCCCACAUAUGGACCUUGACCACGCAUUGAUCACAGCGUUGGUGGAGAGAUGGUGGCCGGAGAUGCACUCAUUCCACUUGCCCCACGGUGAGAUGACCAUCACACUACAAGAUAUAGAGGUUAUAAUGGGGGUUCUUGUAGAUGGCUUGUCGGUGGUGGGAUGUACAUCCCCGACAGUCAAUUGGCGCGACCUCUGCGGCAAGUUGCUAGGGCAUAGGCCGCCAGAGAGAGAACCUGGUCAUAAUAAGAACACUGGAUUGAUGGAAGGGCCGAGGGUAAAAGCCAAAUGGCUUGAGGAUCGGUUUAGCAACCCUCUCCCAGUUGACGCCCCUGAGGAGCUUGUGCAGAAGUAUGCUCGGUUUUACAUAGUGGAGAUGUUAGGUGGUACGCUGUUUAUGGACAAGUCUGGAGAACGGAUCUCAAUUAGGUAUCUGCAAUUUUUCGAUCCAAUCAGCAACGGAAAGAAGUAUAGUUAG